GCGCCAAGGCUGUCCGCGCCGUCCGCCUCAUGCCGGGGAGAACCGGAGCCGUCAAACGGGUUCAUCACGACCGGAUCAGAGCUCCUCCAAAGACCGUCCUCCGGUCCCCCAUAACGGCCCGCCGCCUCUGGAGCCCCCUGCCGGAGAGAGCGGCUCCUGCAGCGGGUCAGCAGAAGAACCGGGACCAGAACUUUGCUGAGCCGCAGGCGGAUGUGUGCGGAGCUCGUUCCGGUACUUCCCCCGGUGUCUGUGCGCCGGUCCGCUCAGACUCAGCUGUCAGCGGACGGAUCAGCACCACCAUGGCGUCAGACCCCUGCUCCUUCUCCUCCUUCACCAGGUGUGUCACCAGGCACCUGAACCUGCACCUGCACGUGGACUUCGACAGGCACGUGAUCCGGGCCAAGGUGGAGCUCACCGUGGAGGCUCUGGAGGACCGGUUCACCGCGCUGACUUUGGACACCAGAGACCUGAAGAUCGUCUCUGUGAGCGCCAAUGGACAGGCGGCCCGCUUUACCAUGGGCCCUAAACACAGCUUCAAGGGGACGCCGCUGGACAUCAAGCUGCCCUUUGACCUCAGCAGAGGGCAGCAUGUGAUCGUGGAGGUGACCUAUGAGACGUCUCCGUCAGCCUCGGCGCUGCAGUGGCUCACACCUGAACAGACCGCUGGGAAGAAGCAACCCUACCUGUUCAGCCAGUGUCAGGCUCAUCACUGCAGGAGUAUGAUCCCCUGUCAGGACAGCCCGUCUGUCAAACACACCUACUAUGCACAGGUGUCUGUCCCUAAGGACCUGGUGGCUGUGAUGAGUGCGAUGAGAGACGGACAGGAAGUGGACCCUCAGGACAACAGUCGGGCCGUGUUCCGGUUCAGACAGCCGGUGCCCAUGCCUUCUUACCUGAUAGCCAUCGUGGUCGGAGCUCUGGAGAGCAGGGAGAUUGGGCCGAGGACCAGAGUGUGGUCGGAGGAAGAGUUUGUGGAUAAAGCGGCAUCAGAGUUCUCUGAGACAGAGAACAUGUUGAAGACGGCUGAGGAUCUGGCUGGUCCGUAUGUUUGGGGUCAGUACGACAUCUUGGUUCUUCCUCCGUCCUUCCCGUAUGGAGGCAUGGAGAACCCCUGUCUGACCUUCGCUACCCCAACACUGCUGGCAGGAGACAAAUCUCUGUCCAACGUGAUUGCUCAUGAGAUUUCUCACAGCUGGACCGGUAAUCUGGUGACCAAUCAGACGUGGGAACACUUCUGGUUGAACGAAGGCCACACGGUCUACCUGGAGAGGAUGAUUGGCAGGUGUCUGGAGAGUGAACAGUUCAGACAGUUUAAGGCCAUGGGCGGCUGGAAGGACCUGCAGGACUCGGUGAACACCUUUGGAGCCGACAACCCUCUGACUAACCUGGUCCCCAACCUGCAGGAUGUCGACCCAGACGACGCCUUCUCCUCUGUGCCUUAUGAGAAAGGCUUUGCUCUGCUGUACCAUCUGGAGGAACUGAUGGGAGGGCCAGAGGUGUUCAUGGGUUUUGUUAAGUCCUACAUCCAGCGGUUCGCCUACAGCAGCGUCACUACAGAUGAAUGGAAGAACUACCUGUUCACCUACUUCAAGGACAAGGUGGACAUCCUGAACAAGGUGGACUGGAAUGCGUGGAUGUUCACUCCUGGGAUGCCUCCAGUCAAACCUCAGUACGACACCACUCUGGCUGAUGCCUGCAUCACUCUGGCUCAAAAGUGGGUCAAGGCCAAAGAUCAGGACCUGAGCAGCUUCAAAGAGUCUGAUGUGAAGACGCUGUCGUCCCACCAGAUCAUCGAGUUCCUGUCCCUCCUGCUUCAAGAGGAUCCUCUUCCUUUGACCCAUGUGAAGAAGAUGCAGGAGGUUUAUGAUCUCAAUGCCUCCAUGAACUCAGAGAUCCGCUUCAGGUGGCUGAGGCUGUGUGUCCGGUCCAGGUGGGAGGAGUUGGUUCCUUUGGCGCUGAAGAUGGCGACGGAGCAGGGCAGGAUGAAGUUCACCAGGCCGCUCUUCAGAGAAGUCUUCAACUUUGAGAAGCAUUGUGACGAAGCCGUGUCCGUGUUUCUGGCUCACAGAACAGCGAUGCACCCGGUCACCGCUGGAUUGGUCAGCAAAGACCUGAAGGUGGACACCAGCAAGUCCACCAGUCUGUAAAUGCCUGAAAAAAGUCUGUAAGCCUGGAAGCAGUAUUAAUCCACACAGUAUGAGCUAAUCAGAUUUGUUCUUCCUGUUUUCAGUUUCUUUCUCAAUAAAAUUGAUUCUUUGGUUAAA